GACGGGGCGGGCAGAGGGAAGCCAGGCAGCGCCGCCCACCCAUCAGCCGCCCACCAGGCACCAACCCAGGCAGCGCACGUGGGGGAAAAAGAUGGAGAUCCUGGAUGAGUUUGACAACGAGUACCCGCUCCUCAUCUCCUUCUGCGAGCGGAUCUCCCCCCAGGACUUUGACAGCCAGGCUGUGAGCUACACCCAGAAAUCCCUGCAGGACCUUUUUGCCCAGAUGGAACAGAACCCGGGAAUCUGCGAGCGGGUGGUGAGGAAGAGGAAGCAAGCUGAGAAUGAGGGUGCCAGCUUGGCCCAAUAUCUGAAGGCCAAGUUCUUUUCCAUGCUUCAGGGAGACGUGAACAACAGCAACUCGCUGGGGGAAAUGGAAAUGGAGGAAAAGGUGGAGCAACUGAAACGCGAGAUGGAGAAGGUCAACGAUUACGCUCGUGCUGCCAAGAGUGCUUCCUGGAGGUCGUUGGCAAUGAAGCCAUCAGAGAUGAGGCCCAGGAGGGCUAUUCCACCAUCAGGGGGAUUCAGCCCCAGCCAGACCAAGCUUCUGGACUCGAGUGUUCCCUCCAUGCCGAAGGUCUUUGGUUCCUUCCCAAAGCAGAUGGAGAGAUCGAUGGGAUCCAACUUGGACUUGAAGCAACUCUGGGCCGGCAUGUCAUCCGUCAAUCAAAAGAGCAUGGUUGACCUGCGCCCUGUGAUGCUGAACCCCGGCGGUUUCCGCCCUUCAUUCCUGGGGAGCACCUCUGCCAGCAGGCUGAAAUACACCAGUUUCCCAAGGGCCGCUGCCAGCAACUCCGCCACAUCUUCCCAGAGCUCAUCCAGCCCCACGUCUGCUUUCAAUACGCCUGUGCUGGCCAAGUUCAGAGGCAGCAAAGACGAGGAGAAGGACAAUGAAAACCCAGGUCCUGAUUCUCGACCGACAGGGACCUAAACAACUUUUGUGUAUGGGGAGAUGCUGUGUGAAUUAAAAAGAAACGUCCGGUGCACACUG